GUCAUUGCAUAUGGUCAAAGCGAUGAUCAAGCUUUGUUUUCAAAAAGAAGAGCAAUUGGUUUAAAAGAAGAGCAAGUAAGUUCAUGACUCAUGUGGUCUCCCAGUUUGCAUCCAGCUACGUUUUCUAUUGGAAAGAUUACUUUAAGGACCAGCCUCUUUUGUAUCCACCAGGAUUUGAUGGACGUGUUGUUCUGUAUCCCAGUGACCAGAAUCUGAAGGACUAUCUCAGCUGGCGGCAAGCUGAUUGCCAUAUAAAUAAUCUGUACAAUACAGUAUUUUGGAGUCUUGUCCAGAGAAGUGGCUUGACACCUGUACAAGCACAAAAGAGACUACAGGGAACUCUUGCAGGAGAUAAGAAUGAGAUAUUAUUUUCAGAAUUCAACAUUAACUACAACAAUGAACCCUUGAUGUAUAGGAAAGGAACUGUUCUAGUAUGGCAGAAGGAAAACCAUGUCAUUAGGAAAACAAUCAAAAUUCCAAAGGAGUCAGAAGAGAAGGAAAUUGAAGUGACUCGAACAAGGACUACAGUAAUUCCUUUGCACUGCGACAUCAUUGGGGAACAGUUUUGGGACCAGUAUCCUGAAAUCCUAUCUGAUGAUAGUUGACCUCCUCCAUGGAUUCUAGUGGGAAAGACUGUGCAGUUUAUAUUGCAAGGACACCAUGGGAGAAGGGAAAAUGAUUGGCCCUGUAUGGAUGUGUUUAAACACUUGCAGUUGGAUACAGGGAAAAUAAUGCAAGCCAUCUUGUAUCUACAAAUAUUAACAGAAUAUAAUAGAUUUAUGGAUUUUACCAUCACAGUUAUGAGGUGCCUUGUAAUAAUAUCAUUAACAAAUAUUAUGGUAGAAAAGGAAUGCCUUUAAUUGAGGUCUUGGUCCUCAAAGGCACUCUAGUGGUGCAAGUCCCAUGAGAUGUUAAGCUACCCAUUUAAAACUCUGAAAACAUUUAAGCUCCUGCUUCAAAUUAAGUUCAAUCAUCAGGGAGCCGAGUUACAAAUUAUCCUAGUUGCUAAUGUCUCUGGAUUAUAUGAGUGAUAAACAAAAUACCCUGGCAAGUAGCUGAAACUAAUUAGGAAGUUUUCUCUCCAGUGUAAAUUUGUUCUGGCCCUUUUGAAAGUUAUGGAAACAUAAUUUCCCUCUGUAAUCGUACAUUUAUUGUUUGGACUCUCUCCUUGCUGUUUUACUGAUUAUUAGAGAAGGUCUCAGGUGGCCAGACUGGAAUAAUAAAGUUAUUGUAUAAGGAAAAUAUCACAGCAGGGUAUGUUUGUAGGUCAUGGUCUCAUUUUACUGCUGCCUGGGAAACUAUCCAAAUCCUGCUGUUGUGAGGACUGUAGCAACCAUCUUACAGAAAGUUUUUCCCCCUGUGGUGUGGAGUUCAGCAAGAGUUUGUGUUGCUCUUCAGCUUUUCCUUUAGUCAAAGCUGCAAAGUAGCAGGUGCUUGUCCAAAAGAAGAAAAAAAUGAAGCAACUUGGAGCAAUUGUGAGAUUUUACAGGAGUAUUUUAUCAUGCAAAAAGUGAACUGAGAGCAAUUUUUGGAAGAUAAUGAUAAGAGGAAGUUUUUAUAUGGACUAAUGGUUUUCUUCCAGCUCCUCCUCCCUAUCCUGUCAUUCCCCUUUGUCUUUCUCUUUAAAUGAGACAAGAUUUGGAGCAAAAGGCAUUAUAGUGUCAAUUAUUGCAGCCUGUUUGAAAAAGAUAACUAAUAAAGCCAUUUAUCUUA